AAAAGGAAGACAUGUGACAUUAAUUUAAUUUUGGUUUUCAAAAAUUUUUAAAUUUUAAAAAUUAAUUAAAACAAAACCUUUGGUUAACUCUUUUCGGCUUUCAAUGCUCAUCGAAAUUCUAAAUUUUGCAAAAUUUUAAGUCAAAAAUUCACCACAACUCAAAGCAUAAAAUGCGUUAUUUUUACAAUUUCGAUUGCGGCCCAUGCAGUCCUGCAGCAAAUUAUACAACUUGCGAUGCAUAUGAAUAUAGCGCGUCAUGUAAAACAGGCGGACCCUGCAAUCCUUUCAGUGCACAUGCGUCUCGUGGAUUAUUUCGGGUUUGCGAACCUUGCACAGCCAACGGCUUUUGCGGCGCGAGUAGACGUAGCACAUCAGUUGGACCUUGCGGAUUUCAAAGGACUGGUGCGACAUGUGGCCCAUGUGGCAUGUGCGUCCCGGGAUCAUAUACACCGUGUGUACCUUGUGCACAGUUUGGUUAUUUUGCAUCUUGUGGAUCAUGUGGGCCGUGUAAUGCUGGAAAGCCAUGCAACCCAUUUGGUCCUCGCGAUUGCUGUGCUCCUUGCAAACCUUGUGGUCCGUGUGGUGCUUCGCGCUGCAGUGUAAACGGUUCAUGCUAUUCCAAUUUACCGCGCGGUUCAUAUAAUCGUCGCAUUCCUGAUAGUUUUUACAGGCCGUGUAAACCUUGCGCUCCCUGUGAGCCUUGUAAUCUAUUUGGAUCUUGCAGACCGUGUGCUUCUGCGACGCUAAGAGCUCCUUGCAAACAGUGUGCUCCGCCCAUGACGUUUAAUCCUUUCGAUCCUUGCAAUCCAUGCAAACCUUCGGCCAAAUUUAGCUCUUGCGGUCCAUGUGGAUCUUGUACACCGUGUACACCCUGGGCUCCGUGUGGCUCGUUUACUCCACCUUCCUGCUGCAGUCUACCCAGGCAUAUGUAUAGAGUUCCAAAUUACACUCAAGAGUAUCUGGCUGCUAUCAGACGCUGCUGUUCGGCGACAGUGAAAAAAGUACGUGUGAAGAAAGUGAAAAAGCCGAAUAAGGUCAUAAGCAAAUGUGCCGUCAGCAGAAGUAGUUUAGCGCUAUGCUAAUAACCGCUAUCAGGCGCGUAGCUGCGCUGCAAAUGAUCGACUAGCAAAAGCAUGUAAUAAAAAGCUAUAAAAUUUUUUAAAAGGAUAAAGGCUAUCAAAGCAACUUCGGUGUUUAUAUAUGAGCCAGGUUUGGUAUGCUACUUACAUACGAACGGACAUGCUUGCAUACAAAUAAAGUCAUCUUUAAUUUAUAUGUAUACAUGCCUAUUUAUGUCUGUGUGUUUAGCAUACAGCCGUGACACAUUUACAGCGAGUCAAGCAGUCAUUAAAAAUCCUUUGCUGUUAAUUUUAUGAGUUCAUUUUAAUGUUUUCUAGCGCUGUCAAUUUAAUGCAGCAAAAAAAAAAUGUAAAGCAUAGAAAACAUUUGUCAAUUGAAAUCUUUUAAUUUCAUUUAAACAACUUUUACGAUCGCACACACAUACGCACACAAAUAUAUAUAUAUAUAUAUGUAUAUAUAUAAAUGCACGCGUAUAUGUCGUGUGUUAAGAGAUUCAGUUUUUAUUAUUGUACUUUGAGUAAUAAAAUUGUAAAAGGUGUGAAA